UGAUGUAAAGAGAUUUAACUCCAUAAGAUGUGUUACCCUUAAUUGUAGAAUAUUUGAAAUCAAUUGGAUUAAAGAAAUCUGCAAAGUAAAUUGAUUCUUUAUAUGAACAUGAUGAAACUCCAAUGAUUAACAAGAAUUUAUAAAAAAUAAUUAAAUAUUAUGUUGAAGGACAUCCGUAAUAAGCAAUAAUAUAUUGAUUAGUAAACUUGCUGCUAAAUUUAUUAAUGAGAUUGAAAAUGAAGAGUAAGAAGAAGAGGAAACAGAAUAAUCAAAAGAGGAGGUGAAGAAUAAUAAAUAAUCUGGAAAAACAUUGUCAGAUAAAAGAACAUUCACUUAAAUGAAUAGUAUAGAGAUAUUUAAAUUAAAGAAAUAGAAAUUAAUGAGGAAGUUGUAGAUUAAAAAGAAAAGAAGAGAUUUUUCUAAAAAUGUGAUGAAACAGUAUAUGAUAAAUUACCUGAUCAUUUGAGAGAUAAUACUUUUGAGGCUAAAAAGAAAUUUGGAGAAGGAGAUUAAUAUGGUGAGUUUGGAAAUGAAAAAUUAAAGUUUACAAGAGGGGAUAAUUUCAAGAAAGAGAAAGGAAAAUUAAAAAAUAGAUAAUUUUAAGGUAUGGGUAGUAUUAAUUUGAAUUCAAUAAACUCAAUUAAGUUAUGA